AUGAUUGAUGACAAUUUACCCACGUUCUUCCUAAAGAACAACUCAAAGCAGCCUCAGAUCAGCACAAUAUACCAUAGUCAACAUGGCAAUGACCCCGAACCGGCGUACUCCUUGCGCACCCUUGACCCCGCCUCCCCAACAUCACAAAAUUGCUACGGAGUCGCGCUGUACGACCCGUAUGUGACGGACAUUGUCUACGGCGAGGUUGCCGUAGCUCCAGAUUGGACCCAACCAAGCAUGUCGGCAGAUGUCAUACGAGCAAACGGUGGCGCUGUCCCGCCCUCAGAACCUAUCCUUCCCACCGAGUUCUCCAUCCAGCUCUACAACCCCGACCAAGAGAUCACAGUAAAAUAUCAUGCCAAAACGUGGAACAAACCAGCUCGGUGGGAAUUUGAGAUGCCGCAAAACUCAUUCCGGGUUCCGUCCGCGUCAGCGCUAGACCAGACUCAGAUUGAUCCCUCUAUCGCAGAUGUUACACCAAAGUUGAGGUUCAGCUGGCGUAAGGAUGGGAAGUUGUCAAAGGAUUUGACAUGUCUGUUGCACGGCAAAACCUCAAAGAUUCCUGACACGCGCACAAGGAGCCGUGAGCCAGAUAUCACCAUUGCUCUAUUUCAAGGGCUGAAAGAGCUGACUCUUUACGAACCCAAUCUCUAUCGCGUCGAGAUGGAGGAUUUCAAGGGGUUGGAAAUCGUGCUGCUCUUGGCCGCCGUUGCGAUUCGGGAUAUUUUCUUCGGACCUGCCAAGGAGGCCUUUCACAUCACUCCCGGUGGGCCGAACCAAGCUCGCAAGCAAGCAGGAGGGCCAACUGCAACUGUGGCGCCAGCCCCACCUCGUGAUCUCAGGCUCGAUUGGAAGAACCCACAGGCCCGACCUCCUGGCGCAGCCAUGAGGGGACAGUCAUCGCCGCCUCGGCUCAACAUCCCGAACUCCUCAUCGCCAGCCCCACAAGAGAGGUGGCGACAGGACGAACUCGCAAGACAGGAAGAGGAGCGACGAAGCCAGGAGGUUCUCGCCGCGCAACACGAAGCACGGCGUCGGCGAGAAGCGGAAGUCGAGGAUGAAACCAGACGCCUGCAACAGUUAUAUGGGAAAGAAGAAGAGCAAGCACGAAGGCCACGGCAUGCCCCAGCUCCAUCUUCCAGGCCCUACCCUCUUCCCCGACAUACCGGACCCCCUCAACCUUCCUCCCACCAAUACUCUCAAUCCUCAGUCCAACUCUCGCCUCAUUCUGCAGGCCGUCCAUCCCAUCACUCUCGCCAACAACAUUCCCACGACGCACAGGCCCCCGCUUUCGCCAACAGCCCAUACCUCCAUGCACCGGACCACAUGGAUCCUCGAGCCCAAUCCUCUACCCUCUUGAUGCAGUCUCAACCACAGCAAGCACGCCCGCAACCCCGACCACAGUCUACGGUUGGGUUCCACCCUACCAGCAGCGGGGCUCUCCCCGCGGCGUCGCGGCCUCACGUUCAGCCGAAAAAGAGCAGCUUCUUCGGGUUCCGGCGCAACAAGGAGGAAAAUUCUGCCACCAAGCUCGAAAAAAAGCGGAGUUCUAUGUUCUGA